AUGCCAAAAUUGAUCCCUAUUAUCUACCUCAAUAAGCUAUACCGCUGUCUCUCCUCUUUCUUGCUCUCUCUCUCUCUCUCUCUCUCUCUCUCUCUCUCUCUCUCUUUCCCCUUAACUUUCUCUCGCUACCUCCCUUUUUAUGCCUUUCACUCUCUCCCUCCAUUUCUCUAUCUUUCUCUUUCUCUCUCUACUUUUCGGUGUCUAUCUCUUUCUCUAUCUCUCUCUCCCUCUCUACCUUUCUCUCUUUCUCUAUCUCUUUCUGCCUCUCUACCUUUCUCUCUUUCUCUCUCUACCUUUCUCUCGUUCCCUCUCAACCUUUCUCUAUCUCUUCAUACUUUUCUCUCUUUCUGCCUACAUUUCUCUCAAUCUUCUGCUGCCGUCCAUUUCAACCCCCCAUCGUUUUCUCUCUCCCUCCAUCUCCACCUAUUACGUAUAUUUUCUCUCUCCCAUCCUUUAUCUAUCUAUCUAUCUAUCUAUCUAUCUAUCUAUAUAUAUAUAUAUAUAUAUAUAUAUAUAUAUAUAUAUAUUAUUAUUAUUAUUAUUAUUACUUAA